AUGCGGGAAGAUUUACCGCGUCAGUUGUUACGUCUACGUAAAUUGCGACAGCAACUGUUGGAUCUGAGAGCAAAUAUUGUGAAUGCUUCGAAGCGUUCCCAUUCCGACCAGCAACGUCUCUGGGCAUCCCUGCACAAGGCUUGUGAAGAUAAUCGAAAAGAGACUGUUGAGAGAAGGAAGGCGUUGAUUGAUGAUACGCACCAGCGUGUUUCAAAUGCUUUACGGGACCUGUUCGCUAAAAUUCAUUACCCUUUUGAAGAAGCUGUUGAUCCGAAAACUUAUCAAAAGCAAAUUCGGCAAAUUGGGCUUCUGCUAAAAUGUUCUGGCCUUCUAAACAACCGUGAUUUAUCCGUUGACAGGUCAUCGAUUUUGGAUUGCAGCGAAGAUGAACUUUUUGUUGUUAUGCACAUUUUCAAUCGUCGCAACUGGGAAGAUUUUUUUCUCCCGGUUGUGAACUUAACUGUUUGGAUUGGAGAUCAGGAGAUCUGA